UUUAAUAAUUGGCUACAAAAUGUACAGACUGGUUGUUGUUUGAAGAACGCUUUGUUCAUGUUUUCAACUCCCUGGUUCUGAUCUGGGUUCAAAUGCACAAUCGAGGAUACCACACGACGCGACUUCACGAACGUCAGCUCGACUGCACAUGUUCAUGCGUUGUUUUGAGUCGUAUCAUUCCGGGAGAGAUUUCGGACGAUGAAUAAGCGCGAUGGUGAUGGCUGGUACGCUGUGUUGCAGUGCGUGUGUCCGUUGCACUGGCUCGGCUAGGCAACUGUCCAGCACAGCUGUGAAGCUGGCCAGAGUAACAACGAAAUGUCGUUCCAAGCAGUUGAAGGAUCGCGAAGAAAAGAAGCUGAAGAGAUAUGGUCAUGUGUCGCAUGUUCCUGUCAUGAUGAAAGAAUGCAUGGAACACCUCGUACCUGUGCUCAAGACCAAGGAGUCUACUGUGGUGGAUUUCACUUUUGGAGGAGGUGGUCAUACAAGCGCUCUGCUUGACCAGACACCAGCGCAGGUGUACUCCAUAGAUCGUGAUCCGGCGGCGUGUCAGCUGGCAGAGACACUGCCUGCUUGCUUGGCCGAGGCACUGGAUGGUCAGCGCAGUGAAGAGGAGCUGAGAGAACGCUUUCACUUUGUUCAUGGCCGCUUUGGCAAUGUUGUGAAGCUUCUGAAAGCAAAGGGCUUGCAGCCCGGCAGUGUUGAUGCCAUUCUCAUGGACCUCGGCCCAUCCACUGGCCAAUUCCAGGAAGGCCAGAGAGGGUUUUCAUUCAUGGAAGAUGGUCCACUUGACAUGCGCAUGGAUGUUUUAGAUUCUGAGAAUCCACCAAAGGGUGCGCCGCGCCGUACGGCAGCUGAUUUUGUCAACAACUGUUCCUCCAGAGAGUUGGCGUACUAUUUCCGCACAUUUGCUGGAGAGCGCUUUGCCAAUCUUUACGCCAAGCACAUUGUUCAGGCGCGGGAAAAGGAGAAGUUCAAGACCACGCAGCAACUGGUCGCCAUCAUUUACAACGUAACACCGGACGCUGUCAAGAUGAGAGCCAGGGAUUCCUUGGGAAGGCCAAUGAACCUUGCCACGCGAGUGUUCGCUGCACUUCGCGUCGUAGUCAACGAUGAGUUUGGAGAGCUUCGCAAAGGGCUCUACGCCGCAGCUGAGCUGCUAAGACCCGGCGGCUGCUUGGCAGUAAUAACCUUCCACUCACUUGAGGCUAUCGUGACCAAGAACUUCUUGAGAGGGAAAGCUUUGCAAGAUCCACCUCUCUUCGAGUCAAGUUAUCAGGUAAAAGAAGCCAAGAAGAAAAUCCGUUGGGAGAAGUCACGCAAAGCUCGCUUUGCUGCACCGGAGUAUGACUUAUUGUUUGAGCGCAUCAAGAGAAUGAAACCGUCACCGUUUGAGCUGAGAAAGAAUGCCAGAGCUCGAUCGUCUAUACUGUUCACCGGCAUUCGAUCAGACACUCUAGUCACAUCUCGGCACAAGAAACUCUAGCUACAUGCUGCUGCUGGGAUCCCUGACGCAAUCCAGUUGAGCGCCAGAUGUAGAGAACUUACAGCGGCGCUACAGUCAGUAGGAGUACUGUACAUGGCCACUAACUGUGAAGGAACCAAAGGCACACACGGUAAGUGCCUUGCAGAUGUUUUCUGAGCACUGCUCGGUUUAUUACUAGUACUGGCGACCAGUGCCGCCAGGGCAUCGGCCAGAAUGUGCCCAGAGGCUACGAAGCAGUUACACAAAUCUCGGCCGUGAGCACCGGCAUACAAGGAUGUGACGGACGGCGGAGCAGUCCGAAACAUACUGAGUCACUGCACUGUUCAGAGAAAGCAGCACAGGCGAUGAUGCUAUAUUGUCAUGUACCGUGCUGUGCUGCAGCGAGUUGAACACAUGCCUCCGUUCAGCAUCAGACCGCUGCUCUGACUGCUACUCUGAUCACGAGCUGGCGAAGGCAAACCCCAUCACCUUCAAGCGGGGACAAUAUGCUGGCGAUGGAAGCCAGAAUCCUGCGGGAGAGUUGUUGUAUGUUUCUCUUGUGCCGAGCGUGCGUACAAUUCGUCCAGAGUCUCUCCAUCAACACCAGAGAUAAGAGCAAUUCUCCACUAUAUAGACAUGCUGGUAUCAGAGAGUCUGUCCAGACUGGAAGUAAACUGUCCCAUCCCACAUUUAAUGAAGCGAAACACUAGUUCCAGAGCAGAAAUGGUGAAGACGCAUCCCAGUGAAAAUCAGAGCAAUAUCUACAUUCAUGACCCAGUGUAGUCCAACCAACUUACGGUUAUGUAUAGCAUAUUCUUUGAUCUGGAAAUGUACGGUAUAUACAGCGGAACUCAUGUAGACCUUGGAAAAUGGCUCCUAUUGAGCUGAUUUAGAUUAUGUUCAAGACAAGUGCAUACGUUACACUAUGAAAUUUGUGCUGUUUUCAAUUUUGUCAUAAACGGUAGUUGACUAAUUUCGCAUGUUGUAAUAAACUUGAAAAUGAUA